AUGUCGGAUGAGAUGUCCGAGACCCUGACCGAGAUCUUCAAUCUGAAGAUUCACGAAGGAGAAAGCCUCAAGGCUUGGAUCAGCCGUGCUUCGGAGAUGUUUGACCGCUGCUUGAGGAAAACCAAUGUUUCCUUCCCGGAAGAGGCCAAGGGCUGGUUGAUUUUACAUAGAAGUGGCCUCUCCAAUGAGCAGAAGGCGGUCUGCUUGGCUCGGUCUUUGGGGGUGCUCAAACGCGAAGAGGUUGGCAAGGCAAUGAGAUCCUGCUAUCCAGAGUAUGUAGGGUCGAAGAAGUCACACUCUGGAGCAGCUGUUGUUGAGACCGACUUCAUGGAGCCGGACCUACAACAGACUGUUGAUUCUGCUGAGGAGUUUCACGAUGUCGAACAGUUCUUAGCUGAACACGAACUUGGAGAAGCCCUCGACGACUCCGAGUGUUUCGAAGAAACGGAGGUGGCUGAAGCUUUAGGGGUAAAGCCAAAGGAAAAGGUGCAAAGGGUGUUGAUCGCCCCCCGUGAAUCCGGAGCUGCCGUGGUGGUUGAAGAGACACCUGAGUUCUUUGUCGCCAUGGUACAAUCACACAUGACCAUCCUGGAGCGCCUUAGGCUGAAGCGUGUUGCCUCGACCUUCGAAGUUGAUGGAGGUCCAGCUGCAACGGAGUGCCUAUUGGUAUCGAGCCCCGGUUUUGGGGUCAUUGAUUCUGGAUGUGGACGCACCAUUAUUGGCAAAGACACCUUGGCAUCCUUCCAAAAGCUUUGGAAAGAUCGUGCCGUCCCUCUUCCGGUGGCCGAACCUGAGGAAAAUCACUUUCGCUUUGGAAACGGAAACAAAGAAGUUUCUUCUGAAGUGGUGCCUAUGCCGGUCAACAUUGCUGGAAGAACUGGUGUGAUUCGAGCUGCAGUGGUGCAAGGUCGAGCUCCUCUCCUGAUCUCACGCUCAGCUCUGCAGAAGUUGAAAGCAGUGCUGGAUUUUGAUCAGUGCCGCAUGACGUUGUUCGAUGGAGCAUGUCACGUCCCUCUGCAGAUCAAUGCUGCCGGACAAUUUGUGAUUGAUGUGAUUGGCUCAAAAAGUGAUCGUGUGCCCACCUCGCCGAAGCCGCCUGAUUUUGAAGAAGUGAUGGCUUCUGUUCCUGAUGCAGUGGAAACCUCCACUGUGGCCGAUGAUCAUGCCGCUCCUGACGCAGAGCCUGAGUGCGCUCCAGAGCAGCUCCGUCCAGCCACCACCGAAGAACGGACUCUGAUUUCGUCGCCUCAAGCUGAGUUGUUAGGUGCCACCGCGUUGUAUCGUCCAGCAGCCAUGAGACAAGAAGACUUCUUGGAAGUCAUCAAAGAAGUCGGGGUGUACCAGAUUUCUCCAGAAGACACCAUCCUUCAGCAGCAGGUUGGGGGAGCUAUGACAGACGCGUCCAAGCGUCGUGACGGGUCUUUGAUGGAGCACCAACAGCCAAAGAAGCCUCAUGCCAUGCCCAAGGCCGUGUUUCCACUUGGAGCGAUGGGAGCCGCACCAAUGUCCUCCUUCUCCCCUGAGCAUGUCAGCGGAACACCUAUGAUGAACAGUUCCGAUGCCUCAGCUGGAUAUGUCGCUUCAAUUCAGUUUGCACCACCCAUGCCUCAGUCCGAAAAGUCUUCGAAUUUGGUACCUGAGCUGCCGCCACAGGUAGAAAGUUUGGAAGAAUGGGGUCGCACAGUGAUCCAAUUCGGGCAGUACAAAGGCUGCAACAUGUCAUAUGCCGAGCUUGCCAGUUCCGAGGACUCUCGAGCCAAGAGCUACAUCAAGUGGGUGACGGCUCGUCACCGCAGCUCGACAGGUUUGUUGCAUGAUCUCGCAGGAUACCUGGUAAGGUACCAAUUCGAGAUCGAUUACCGCCUUGAUGAG